UGAGAGGCCGCUUUUUUUGAUCAAACGUGCUUUAAAACCCUCUCAGUUGUAAAUAAUGACGGUUAAUAAUUUUGUUCGUUGGUUGAAGUCUUCCAGGCAGGAUGAUGAUUGCCUCGCUCCUCACGCUAUGCUUGAGUGCAGCGUUUGCUGCUCCGAGCUUAAACCGGCAGUUAGACGAUCACUGGCAGCUCUGGAAGAGCUGGCAUGGAAAAAACUAUCACGAGAAAGAAGAGGGCUGGAGAAGACUGGUGUGGGAGAAGAACUUGAGGAAAAUUGAGUUGCACAACAUUGAGCACUCUGUGGGCAAACACACUUUUCGAUUGGGCAUGAACCAAUUUGGCGAUAUGACAAAUGAGGAGUUCAGACAGUCGAUGAAUGGUUACAAUCAUGACCCCAGUCAAAAAUCAAAAGGCUCAUUGUUCAUGGAACCCAGCUUUUUUGAAGCCCCUCAGCAGGUUGACUGGAGAGAGAAGGGUUAUGUUACUCCUAUCAAAGACCAAAAACGCUGUGGCUCUUGCUGGGCUUUCAGUUCAACAGGUGCAUUGGAGGGUCAGCUGUUCCGUAAAACUGGAAAGCUGGUUUCUCUGAGUGAACAAAACUUGAUGGACUGUUCUAGGCCAGAAGGCAAUCAAGGCUGUGAUGGAGGCCUCAUGGACCAGGCUUUCCAGUAUGUUCAGGACAACAAUGGGCUAGAUACAGAGGAGUCCUAUCCCUACCUUGGAACGGAUGGUCAACCAUGCCGCUAUGACCCUCGUUAUAAUGCAGCUAAUGACACUGGUUUUGUGGACAUUCCCAGUGGUAAAGAACAUGCUUUAAUGAGGGCUGUUGCUGCUGUGGGUCCUGUAGCUGUUGCUAUUGAUGCUGCACAUGAAUCCUUCCAGUUCUAUCAGUCUGGCAUCUAUUAUGAAAGGGAGUGCAGCAGUGAAGAACUUGACCAUGGAGUUCUGGUAGUUGGUUAUGGUUAUGAAGGUGCUGAUGUUGCUGGAAAGAGAUACUGGAUUGUAAAAAACAGCUGGACCGAGAAAUGGGGUGACAAAGGUUAUAUCUACAUGGCUAAAGACCGACAGAACCAUUGUGGCAUUGCGACAUCUGCCAGCUAUCCUCUAGUGUAAGGCCACUGGACUGUUCUCUGCAUUCUGGAAAUGCCAGUUCACUACUUUUUGUUAUUAAUUUUUCAUGCCGUUUUAUUUUUUAAUUGCAUAAUUUUUUUUUAAUGCUUGUUACUUCUAUUUUUAAGUAAGUUUUAGUCUUGAAGAAUGCUAGUAUAUUAUAGUUUCUUCUAAUGAAGUUCUGUUGAAUGCACUAAUCAAAUGGCUGCUCUUUUGUGGUCCACUUGUAUUUCAAGCUUAAUCUUUUGAGCAAUGUUACAGAUGUGAACAUGCUCCUUUCAAAUGUUACAUUAUAUUUGUAUGAAUUGUGCUCUCUGUAAGUGGAUAAAAAUUGUAUCUACUGGUGUAGAAAGCGGAGCAUUUUACGCAUGGGAUCUCUUGAGAACAUGGUCCCAAAGACCCAAAUAUGGUAUGUUAGGAGUUAAGACUGAAAAUCUGUUCAACCAUGAUUUUUUUUUUUUUUUUUUUUUUUGGCUGAAAAUUACUGUACUACAUCAAUAAUAAAGCUUUGUAAUGGACA